AUGAAUGCUUCUUUGAACACUCGAUUGACUUUAAAUCAACAAUUGAAUCAAAAUAUUUCUCCUAAUGUACUCAUGUCAUGUUCAACAAGUCAGCCACAUGAAGUCAUGACAGUUCAACAACCACCUCAGCAACCACCACUUGGUGUUACCAAUCAGCAACAGCAGCCUCCAAAUGUAACACAAAAUUUCUCCAUAAUGUCAAAUUCUACAAUGAAUUCUCAACCAAAUACGAAUUCUUAUCAAGGUUCACUUCCUUCGUCCAUGUAUUCGUCAUCUCAUCAACAAAUGAAUCCCCAUGGAAACAUUCCAAACAACUCUUAUCCGUAUUCUCAACAUUAUAAUAACCCAAAUAUGGUUAUGAAUUCUAAUUAUUCCCAACCAUCUCAAUACUCUGGUGGAAUGAUGAAUUAUCAGCAACCAAACAUGAUGAUGUCCAACUCUACCGUCUAUCCGUCACCAUCUUUUAAUGCAUAUCCCACGAAUGGAGGAUUUUCUUCACAACCUCAACCUUCUUCCUAUUAUCAAUCUCCAUCAUGGAAUGCUAUAAUGCCAUCACAUUCCAUGCAAGGACCUUACUCUCAACCAAAUUAUCCUCCAAAUUAUAACAAUGGACAGCCACAGCACUCAGGUCAUGUGAUGGAUACUUCCUUGCUUCUUCCAAGGAGUACUGCACCAAACAACCAACAACCAUCUCAAGGUCAACCACAACCAACAACACCUCAAAAUGACAAUUCAAGCAAUCAGCAAAAAAGCAAUAUCAUCAUCAACCAACUCAAAAUCCAAGUCGAUCACUGA